GAGACUCAUAUUUUUACCGUCGGGCCAGAAGCGGUCGACAUUGGUCUCCACUACUCUUAUCGAUAUGAUAUCGAGACGUUAAAUCUUGGCACCGAGGCUGAGAGACCAGUGACGGUUGCCCCACAACGUGCCUCGGCACAUGCAGCUUCCAAGACCAGGACAACGACCUCGACCAGAAUCAAGACUUGCAUGUUGCCUCGAUUGAUUGGACUUUACAUACCCGAUUGCCUGUUCCUUGUUCCACCAUGGACUUUCCAUAGAAAAUAGAAAUCGAAAUACGAGUUUCUCUUUGAAAACCCAUUCCGAGCUUGAACUCCACCAAUCUAAAAUCAACCAGGUUCCAUCCCGCUGUCUUGGCUUCUCCUGGUCCCUUUUUUAUAUCUGUGAACUCCCAGGACUUCACAUCUUUUCAUAUCCACCCAUCUUUGCCCUUCCCGCUCACUCACCCCUCAAGUCCAGCCUCUCCGACACACUGUCCCUCCUCCGCACAGCCCUAUCUCGUCGCGGGCGGCACCUCGUAGCUAUGGACUGGUUCGGCCGCGCCAAAAUCGACUUUGCCCACGCAGCCACCCCCCUGCCCUUAACCAGGAAAGAUGGCUCCCAAACCGACCUCCUCAAGGUCGUCGAGGCCGCCGUGCCAAAAUGUCAGAUGAACCCCCUUCUUUUCAACGGCCAUCUCCAGACCAUGUACACAGCCGUCAAGGAGCACGGCCCGCAAAUCUACUACAAGAGAAAGAUCUUUGACGCCGACCACAAGACCUACGCCGGCACUUUUGCUGUCGACUUUGUUGUUCCUCAACAUAAGGACUUUGACGAGGAGCUCCCGCCGAGAACGGCGUUUUACUCGGAGGAAGAGUUUGCUGGUAUUGGGUCUGAUGACAGCAAGCCUAUGCUGAUAGCGCUGCAUGGACUUUCGGGGGGGUCUCAUGAGAUUUAUCUCCGACAUGCUAUUGCUCCCUUGGUGAUGGAUGGGAGCGAGUGGGAGGUUUGUGUGGUUAAUGCGAGAGGUUGCGCGAACAGCAAGGUGACGACGGGGGUGUUGUUCAAUGCGAGGGCGACGUGGGAUGUGAGGCAGUUUGUCAAGUGGGCGAGGAAGAUGUUUCCCAACAGACCUCUGUUUGGGGUGGGUUUCUCGCUUGGUGCCAAUAUCAUGACCAAUUACGUUGGCGAGGAGGGUGCAAACUGCCCAUUGAAGGCGGCCAUUGCCGUGAGCAACCCUUUCGACUUGGAGGUGUCAAACAAGGGGCUUCAGAGGACAUGGUUGGGGAAGGAGGUCUACUCCAAGAUCAUGGGCAACAACCUCAAAAAACUCUUUGAGCAACACAAGGAGCAAAUCCUCAAAUACACCAACGUCGACUACGACCGCGUCCAAAACGUCACCUACCUCCACGAGUUUGACCGCGCAGUCCAGACCGUCACAUGGGGUUACCCUACCGAAAACGCCUACUACCGUGACGCUUCCUCCUGCGACGCCAUCCUCGCCAUCCGCAUCCCCUUCCUGGCCAUCUCCGCCCUUGAUGACCCAAUUGCCGUCAAGGAAGCCAUUCCCUACCAGGAGUUCGCCGUGAACCCUUACACAGUUCUCUGUACGACGUCUCUUGGCGGGCAUCUGUCUUGGUUCGAAAUUGGUGGCGGGAGGUGGCAUCCCAAGCCAAUCUGCAAUUUCCUGAACGCGAUGGCGACGGAUAUCAACUUGGAGGCCGUGAGCAGAGAGGAGAAGAUGGUUGGGGAUGGAAAGUACCAGUUUAAUACCGACUUUAACCCGGUGAGGAGGAAGUUGAAUGUACUCGAGUAGAAGCAGUUGUAGCAAGCUGGUGGUAAAGGAUUUGUAGUGAUACUGUAAGAUACACAUAGAUAGAGGGCAUACGGAGGGUACAGACUUUUCUUGAUUUAAUUGUACAUAAUCCACUCAAAAUUCAGGAAUAGAAGGAUUCAAAUGUACGGGGAACUUGAUCAGAAAUUUACACGCUUUGAUAUUGACUUGAAAAACGACACAGCCGAAACAUAUCCCUAUCAUCUACAACUUCGACCCUUUAUUCCCGGCAAGAUAUUGCCCCCCCAACCUCAACAUCUGCACCGCGUCCUCCACCAUCUCCUCCACAAUCUCCCUGGCCGGCUGCACCUUUUGGAUCGCGCCCGCAACCUGGCCCAUGAGAUGAGGCACAUCAAUCUCAUUCCCCUUAUCAAGAUCAUACUCAAUCGGCACCACCCCCUUCCCGGUCAACUCCCUAAUCAUAUCCGGCUUCGCAUGCCACCCCCUAACCCAAUCAUUCGUCUUCAUCCUCAACGGCCGUCCACUCAACACCAACGUCCUCUCCGUCUCGUCAAAGCCGCACUCGACAACUGCCUGCUUAUGCUGCUCCGAACACCCCGCCUCAACCGAAGCAACAAACCGCGUCCCGACCCAAACCCCAACAGCACCCUGCAUCAAAGCAGCAGCCAGCCCCCUCCCGUUAUGAAUCCCUCCCGCAGCAACAACCAUAGCACUCUGCCCGUUGAGCAUCUGGGGUUUGUAUUUCCUCGCAACAUCAACCACCGCAGGAAUAAGCACCGUCCCACUGAUAUCCCCCGUGUGCCCACCCCCCUCCCCCCCCUGAGGGCAGACCAUAUCAACCCCAAGAUCCAACGCUUUCACCGCGUGCUUGGGGUGACCAACCAUGUUCAUGAUUAGAAUCCCUGCGUUGUGCAACCGCUCAAUUACAUGCUUCGGCGGGACCCCCACCGCGCAGACAAACAGUUUUGCUCCGGACUCAAUCGUGAUAUCAAUCAGCUCGUCGAGUUUACCGUUGGUGUAAUCGUGGUUUGUCUUUCUCGCGUUGCCCCCGACUUGUGGGAGGGCAAGGUCGAUACCGAAAGGGAGGGAGGGGUGGGCAAGCAGGGACUUGAGCUCUGUGACGAUGCCGCGGAGCUGAUCGGGGGUGUACAUGAAGCCGCCGAUAACCCCUAAACCGCCGGCGUUGGAGACCGCGGCGGCGAGCGGGGCGGAGGAGGUGCGGGCCAUGCCGGCGAGGAGGAUGGGGUGUUUGAUUCCCAGGAGGGUUGUGAGCGGGGUGGUGAUGGGGCCGGAGGAGGCCAUCUUGUAGGAAUAGUGAGAAAGGUGGGUGAGUUGGUGUAAGUGUAGAUGAGCCCGCUCGAAGAUGUGUUAGAUGUAAAAACCGACAAAUGUUGAAACAAGUGGGAUAUAUCUUCCAUGGCAAAAGGAAAAACAGGAAAAGAAAAAGAGAAAGAUCUACC